UAAAUCACCUCGUCAGUACUCACCACUAAGUAAUCAAGACCUAAAACACAGUAGACCAAUAACGCAGCGGACAUGGCGCAAAUUGUUACCCGGCGCACAAUAGCAUCGGUCAUUUCUCGAACAAUCUCUUCUCGCUCUGUCUCUCGCUUCUCUUUACCUCUUCUAGACAAGAACCCACUACUACAACCCCAGCUCAUCCCGGACUCGGUUCGCAUCCCGACCCGUUUCAAAACAUCCGGGGUGGGCCACUCGCCCCUCAACGACCCCUCUCCCAACUGGAGCAACCGUCCACCGAAAGAGACAAUCUUGCUCGAUGGUUGCGACUACGAGCACUGGCUCAUUGUUAUGGAGUUCCCCAAUGAUUCCAAGCCCACCGAAGACGAGAUGAUCAACGCUUAUGUCAAAACACUCGCUUCUGUUGUGGGCAGUGAGGAGGAGGCGAAGAAGAAGAUAUAUUCGGUCUGUACUACGACGUAUACAGGGUUUGGGGCUUUGAUCUCUGAAGAGCUCUCUUACAAAGUUAAAGGGCUACCUGGCGUUCUUUGGGUUUUGCCGGAUUCAUACCUUGAUGUCCCCAACAAAGAUUAUGGAGGUGAUUUGUUUAUCGAUGGGAAAGUUAUCCAGAGGCCACAGUAUAGAUUCAAUGAGAGACAGCAAAACACUAGGAACAGGCCUCGCCCCCGGUAUGAUAAGCGCCGAGAAGCAAUGCAGGUUGAGAGAAGAGAACCUAUGCAAAAACAGAACUGGUCUCAGAAUCAGACUGCACCCAUGCAGCAACCAACAUCAAUGAAUAACCAGAAUUCUGCUCAAGGUGGAGGGUCAGAUUUCUUUGUGAACAAAGGAUAGUUUGUCCAGAAACAUGCUUCAAAUUCACAAUAUAGUUAUAGGAUAUCAGAUUAAUGUUUGUUGUUGCAUUUCUUGUUUUGUUAAUAGCGACCGGGUUUUCUUGCUUCCUUUGUUUCAUGGCAAAAUUAUGCAUAUUUUUGGUCAUGAACAUAUGUGAUUAUCUGGUGCGCCUUAAUUGUGGAAUUAUCGAAAAAGGUGGUCAUUGAAGCCUUGAAUCCUUCUAAUAUUUCGUACGUCCAAACUGAAAUGUGCUAUAUUUCUUUAUAUAUUGAUGUUACUUCAUCAACUGCAGCAUUAUGGGCCUGACUCUAAAGAUUUCAUUUA